AUGAGAGGGUUGUGGUGGUCUUUGCAGGAUCCCUUCUGCCUGGUACCCAGGCAGUUCCAAGAAGAGGUGGGUGCAAGGGAAGCAAAAGCCCUGGCCUCUGCACUGUCCAACACCAACCUCGACCCCUUCCUCCUUGAGCUUCACGAGAUGAUUAUGGCGGCACUGUCCAGAUUUGAGCCUGAAUAUGAGCUGAAGGAGGCCUUUAAAUUCUUCCUGGAAGACAACCAAGUCCCUGCCACCUCUGUGGCCACCCUCACAGAUGCCCUGGAUCCAGACAUUCCUGUCAAGAACAUCCUCUCCGUCUGGAGGACGGCUGCGAAGACCAGCAAGAUCAAUGUCCCUGCCCACAGCCAGGAGAGGCCAGCCCAAGGCAGACAUUAGCCCCCUUCUCACAAUGACCCUGCUGGUGGCUUGUCCCCAUGGUCACAGAAUAAACAUCUGUCCCCUAAUCCCAGCUCUCCUGGAGCAGCUUGAGCUGCUGAACCCCACAAAUCCUGCUCCCCCACUGCCUGAACUUGGGUGAGAAGCUCUCACCUGGACCCACCACUGCCCCCAUGAGAACCCCGAGCAUCCCCUCCCCACCAACCCUGCCAAACCACAGCAGGAACCUGGAAAAUAUCCCUGUGGACAUGUUCCCAACACCA